CAGCACCAUGCACAUUGUCACAAAGUCCAGGAAAUCUGACCAUUGACAAUCAUAUGAAGCUGGAAAGUACGUCUGGUGCUGGACCAAUUCUCCAACCGCGGACAAUUAUUCCUUUCCCGAACAUAUCCUUCUACAGCAGCUGUUCAUUUGUCCAGAUUGACCUUACUGCAGAAGAGAUUGGACAAUCCUGCAACGCAACGUUAGUGCUAUUGAAGGAAUUCCAUGGGGGAAAGUAUCAGAUUGCCUCUGAACACAUUCCACCUACCACACAUAUAACGGGUAUUGCAACAUGGACUGGGGUGAGCCUUGAUCACUACGCAUCUCAUAACAGCAGAGUGACAGAAGCUUUUAUCAUUGGAAUGACUCUGCAAGUCGGAUGCCAGUUGAAUUCAAAAGCUACCUUGCCGGAGGUCGCCUGGGUAAUGCUGCAAGGUAGCACACCAGAUGUCUUACAGAAGUUUUCCUAUGGUGCUGCACUGGAGCCUCCUGUCACGAUGACCAUCCGUGCAUCCAAUGCGUGCAACCAGGCUACAUGUGACAACUGCCAGACGCUCUAUCAAAGCUGUCCUGCGUUGGGAGCAACUGGUAAAACUACCUAUCAAUACUAUUGCGGUACUGCAUCUAACUACACGUGUCCAACGACUACUGCAGUUCAGCCUACUACGACCAGUACAACCUCUCCUCUAACGAAAACAUCCAUAGUGCCUCAAGUAGCAACUAGCGCUACUCCAUCGACCACCUCCACAAGACCUUCAUCGUCUGCCGUUACUAAUCUACGGACUAACACAUUCGAAUAUAGAUCGGCCAGUGAAACCUCAGCGGAAGUUUUAGUUUCUGGAUCUUCACAACAUGCAAGUGCGCCACCGCCAGGAUCAUCCAAGCGUGGAUCACCAAGUGCUACAGAAGCGGUGGAUAGAGUCAUAAUACUUCCCGGGACAGGGCAAUCAAGCGGACUUACUAUGGGCUUCAAUAUUUCCUUGCUUCUUCUCACCCUCUCCAUUCUACUCGUACUUCUGUAUCGAAUGAAGCGCGAAUCUCUCUCAGCACGCGGCCACUCUCGACAAGAAAAAAGAGAAGCGGUAGGCUUGCAGACUCCAACAUCACCUCCGUCUGCACCAGCCCGCCCCGAACAAUGCCGCCAAGUAGCAACUGACACGUCCGAGGGCCCUUACUAUAUUGACGCGGUAGACUUGAUGACCGCGAACGCCACGCCCAAGUCCUUUUCCAUGACUGAUGGCACCAUGUCGGAAUUUGUCCAUGUGCAGUCGUCCACGGCACCAGCUAAUAGUGAACAAACCCAAGAUUCGCUGUAUGCUGAUCUGGAGACAACAGAAAAUGCCAGUAUUGAUGCGCAAGAAUGUCCCCACACGUUACUAUCUAAGCGUACACGAGCACAUCGCAACCCUUACGAAGGUCUUGGUCCCCAUAGUCGCGACCUUGCCAGCGGGGAAUCCCUUGUUGACACCUAACCUGAUGAUGCUACGUUGGUUAUCUGCAAUACCGCCCGCUCACUGGAAUACAGCACAGCAUCUGCUCCCGUCACACACCUUAUUUACACUCCUCUAAUAGUGAGUGACUGCGUCGACGCUGUUCCUGAAGCUUGACCAACUACUCCAUUCUAACGUACACAGUCACCUCAGAUCCUAAUACAACAAACAACAACGCCCAGAGCAGCAAAUUCACGACGCAAAUACCCCCUGCGGAUAAGCGACCAACGAGGCUAUUGAUUCCAAAGCAAGUGACAUAAUUAUGAUUAUCAUGGACACCAGGGCCUAUCAAAACUAGUUUAGUGUUCUUGACUUGACUCAUUGCUGUUCUGCCAAUGAUUAUCUGGUUGACAGGACAACUGUCGCAGAUCAAUUAAAUUUUGUCGAUUUGAUCCCGCACGUUUCUUUAGGCGUAUGGAUGUGCCUUCCCGUUACACCGAUCCACGCCUCUGUAACAGCUUAUAUUAUAGCGUCUCUUAGUAUUUCUGGCUAGAGUAGUAUUGUAGUUUUCCUUGGAGUGAUAUCUGAUAUCUCUGCUGACUGCCUAGUCUACAUGAUCAUAGCAGUCAGCUUGCACCGCCAGCACAGUAGGGUGGCGAAUAAAUUUCUGCCGUAACCAGGCCAUGUGGCAUUUUAAGACCAAUGGUAGAUAGCACUGCACUAUGUUUUUUUUUCAAUUUGGCGACUCUUGCAAUGGCUUAAAAACCUGUCUUCAAUCGUGUGCAUGGCACAUUAUACACAAUUGUGCCUUUGUUCAAUACAAUAAAUGCAAAGGCUCAAAUGGUAGAUUAUGAUACUCUCCAUACUUCAUCACUGUUAUGAAAUCAAUUGAACUCACAAUGCGA